UACCAGCAGCGAGGCGGUGAGAGGAGGGCGGCAGUCGAGCGGCGACAGCGUUGCGUACCACCCGCGCCGGUGAUGGACCCGAUGCUCGUUCGACAUUUUUCUAUCGGACGCCGUAGGAAUCUCACCUGACUGGUUCCCGCGCAACGCUGCGUUAGUGAGCCGCUCUGGUGAACCCUUUCGCUUGUAAAUGUGCCGAUAUUUACAUAUGCGCGCUCGAUCUCGCGUCGAACUUUCGAUAUGCGCCUGCGCACCGCCGAGUGACGCGCGCGCAGUCCACCGCUGUUGACGAGCCCGUGCCGCCCCAGCACGCUCACCUGUUCCACGACGUGCAAUGAGCUACGUGGGUCGAGGAGAAUUAUGCGUGGGGCGUGCGCGUGCGCGGUGGUGUGCGCGUUGGUCGCGCUGUGCGCAAGCGCAGGGCUGGACGAGGACGCGCGCGCCGCCGCCGAGAGGCAGCUGCUGUCGCUGCUGGGCAUGCCGCGCCGGCCCGAGCGCGCGGGCCGGCCCACGCCGCCCGUGCCGCGCGCCAUGCGCCUGCUCUACGAGGCCCAGGGCGCCAUCCCAGCCGCCGCCGCCAACACGGCCCGCUCCUACCAUCACACACCCACCCAAGUCGACGACAGAUUCCCUGGGGAACACCGCUUCCGCCUCUACUUCAAUCUGACCGCCGUACCCGCCGAUGAAGUGGCUCGCGGCGCCGACCUCACCUUCCAGCGCGCCGCUGGCGUUCUCACAACACAAAGACUUUUAAUAUAUGACGUGGUGCGACCCGGUAGACGUGGAAAAAGUGCUCCCAUUUUACGACUAAUAGACUCUAUACCGUUACGGCCCGCCGAGGGCGUAGUCACUGCGGACGCGAUUGGUGCUGUGCGACGGUGGUUAGUUGAGCCUGAACAUAAUCAUGGACUCUUAGUGCGUGUCAUAGAAGAAGACUCCCAGGGUAAAGAUGCGCGAGUACCUCACGUGAGAGUGCGAAGACGUGCUUCGGAGAACGAAGAUGAAUGGCGGGCAUCACAGCCUCUAUUACUUCUAUAUACAGAAGACAGUCGAGCCAAAGCCGCUCGAGAGCUGGGUGAGACGCGGUUGACGAGAAACAAGCGCGGGGCAUCCCGGAAAGGCCACAGAGCGCAUCACAGACGCAAGGAGGCGCGCGAGAUCUGCCAGCGACGUCCUCUGUACGUAGACUUCGCGGAAGUCGGUUGGAGUGACUGGAUCGUGGCCCCACACGGCUACGACGCCUUCUACUGCCAGGGCGAGUGUCCGUUCCCGCUGGCGGACCACCUGAAUGGCACAAACCAUGCCAUCGUGCAGACGCUCGUCAACUCCGUGAACCCCGCCGCGGUGCCCAAGGCCUGCUGCGUGCCCACGCAGCUCGCUCCUAUAUCGAUGUUGUAUAUGGACGAAGCGAACAAUGUGGUGCUCAAAAACUAUCAGGACAUGAUGGUGGUGGGUUGUGGCUGCCGAUGACGAAGGCGCCCCCACGCCCGGUGCGGACCUAGUGAUAAAUCGUGGACCCAGUGUAUAUAUAGUAGCGGCCUCGAAAUUGUACAUAUCUGCCUGUGUAUAUAUUCGUGUAAUUAUAACUUUAUUAAAACAAAAAUAUAAUAAAAUAUAUA